CCCAGAGGCAGGUAAUCUGUACCUGUCGAAAAGAUUGGAGGAAUAACCGAUUUUAUAUCAAUUCCGACUGUUUUUUUCUCUCUUGUAGAGCGAUAUACUAUGCGAAGUUACAAGUUGUUCUUUUGACGAGUGAACUCCUGAAGUUGAGAACAUUGGACAUACUUUGUGCGACGAGGAGGAUAUAUAACACUGCUGUAUUUACAAGAAAUGGAUUCCAAUGGCAUUGAUGAUAAACAAGGUUUGGAAGGAGAUCCGGAGCUGAAGUUCUUGCUGGAUGGUGGGGGCCUUUUGAAAGUCCGUUCGGGCACAUGGAAAAAGACACGCUACUACAAGCUGCAGGAGGACUGCAGGACCAUGUGGCAUGAAUCCAAAAAGACCUUGAAGUCCAAACAGACCUUCUCUGUUGAGGACAUUGCAGCGGUACGGACAGGCCGGCAUACAGAGGGUCUGAGAAAAUACACAGAGGAGGCAGUGGAGGGCCGAGCAUUCUCAAUCUUGUUUAAGGGUCGACAGAAAAGCCUGGACCUGAUCGCCAGUUCUGAGGAAGAGGCCAAGAUGUGGGUCAGUGGUUUAGAGAAGGUCAUCUCAAACAUGAAAAACCUCAGUCCACAAAAGAAGACAGAACACUGGAUCAACAGUUGUAUUCGUAAAGCAGAUACAAACUAUGACCAAAAAAUGAGUCAGAUUGAGCUGAAGAGCUUUUUACAAGACAUCAACAUUGAGGUGGAUGAUGACUAUGCUCAGAUGCUCUUUGAGAAAUGUGAUUCAUCAAAGUCUGGAUUCCUGGAGGGAAAGCAGAUUGAGCAUUUCUAUAAAAUCUUGACACAAAGACAGGAGAUUGAUGUUAUCUAUGGAGAGUAUGCAAAGACAGACGGUCUCAUGAGUGCUGAUGACCUGCUGAACUUCCUGAGGAAUGAGCAGAUGGAGGAUGCAUCUCAGAGUGAUGCUCUUCAACUUAUUGAGAAAUAUGAGCUAGAUGAAAAUGCCAAAGAAAAACAGCAAAUGACAAAAGAUGGCUUCCUAUUUUACUUGCACCAGCCAGAGGGCAUGAUCUUUAACCCGGCCCAUAAAAGUGUUUACCAGGACAUGAACCAGCCUCUCAACCAUUACUUCAUCUCAUCCUCUCACAACACAUACCUGUUGGAGGACCAGCUUAAAGGACCCAGCAGCACUGAGGCUUACAUAAAAGCGCUUGUCAAGGGCUGCCAAUGUGUUGAGCUGGACUGUUGGGAUGGAUCUGAUGGGGAGCCGGUCAUUUACCAUGGUUACACUUUAACCUCAAAGAUCCUCUUCAAAGAUGUCAUUCAAAUCAUUAAGGACUAUGCCUUUAAGACGUCUGAGUACCCUGUGAUCCUGUCUUUGGAGAACCACUGCAGUUUGGAGCAGCAGAAGACCAUGGCUCGGCACAUGAUCUCCAUUCUUGGUAGCGCUCUGGUCACCAAACUACUUGGAGAUAAGAUGCCCAAAUGCUUCCCUUCCCCUGAGGAACUGAAAGGCCGGUUCAUAGUCAAAGGGAAGAGACUAGACAAACUUGAGGACACAUUUUCAGAUGAGCCCACAGCAGCAGAUAAUGAGAGUGUAACAGAGGAAGAAGAGGAUGAAGGUGAUGAAGACGAGACAGAAAAGAAAUCUAAUAAGUCGCUGAAGUUGGCAAAGGAGCUGUCUGAUAUCGUGAUCUACUGCAAAAGUGUCCGCUUCCAUGGGUUUCAGGAUUCCCGGGACAACCAGUCCUUUUAUGAGAUGGCCUCUUUUAAAGAGGGACAAGCUGUGAAUCUGGCAGAGGAAUCAGCAAAUGAGUAUAUCCGCCACAAUACGGACAAACUGAGCAGAAUUUAUCCAGGUGCACUGAGGACAGACUCCUCAAACUAUAACCCAGUGCCUCUGUGGAACGCAGGCUGUCAGAUAGUGGCCCUUAACUUCCAGACUCCUUGCCCAGAGAUGGAUCUGAAUCAAGGACUCUUUCUCCAAAAUGGGCAGAGCGGUUACAUUUUAAAGCCAUCUUACCUACGAGACACAGCGACUGAGUUUGACCCCAUUUCUCUGCCCAAGGGUCCAUGGCUAAAAAAAAAGACACUUCAUGUGAUGGUGAUCUCAGCCCAGCAGUUGCCCAAACUAAAUGAAAAGAAGUCCUCUAUUGUGGAUCCUCUAGUGCAAGUGCAAAUCUAUGGUGUGCCAGCUGAUACGACUGUGAAAGAGACACCAUACAUUGAGAAUAAUGGGUUCAACCCCAUGUGGAAUGAAAGUUUCAAGUUUGAUGUGCUUGUGCCAGAUCUAGCCCUGGUCCGCUUUUUGGUUGAGGAUUAUGACUUCACAUCAGACAAUACAUUUAUUGGCCAGUACACACUUCCCUUCAACAGCCUAAAGAAUGGAUAUCGGCAUGUCCCACUGCUCACCAAGAAUGGAGACCUCCUGUCCUCAGCUAGGCUUUUCCUUCACAUCUUGGUUGUGGAUGCUGAAUAAUCCAAACUUCACUGAGUUUAGACUGUAUUCAACAAUGCCGGUAUCCCGAAGUUUAAAUGGUUCAACUAGCCAGCAACAAAUAAAAAGGCAGCUCUUAAGAGUGGGAUUCUAAUGGGCAAACAAUAGAAAUUGUAGGAAUACAGCAACUAUGCAACCGUUGAUUUCACAUUUCAAAUCAUUAACUUUUUUCCUUUUUUUAAUUUUUGUCAGCUUUUAGUCAGUUUCAAAGAGAUAUGAUUUUAGAUAUCCAGAUAUUAGCAAAGGAACAGUUCGAUGGUGUAGUUGAAACGUAAACUUGGGACCAAUUCCAUCCUCUGGGUAGUAUUUAUAGAUGCUAGAGAUUGUAUUUGAAACGUGUUUUUCAUGUAAUUUUGCUUGUCUUUUAUGUAGUUAUAUUACCAUGUCUGACUUCUGUUAUAUUAACUAAGUUACUUUAACUGUCACGUGUGUGUUUUUGAACAUUUGAUACACUGUGUCGGACCGCUUGCAAACUGAGUGAUUCUACUGAAACACAUUGCCAACUCUAUAACGCCAUGUAAAGUUAUUCAAAACUUUUGUGUUGGGGUGCUUCUACUUAUUCUGUAAUUGCUUCAACCAGAGCAAAAAGGCACAAAGCAACAAAUUCCUGUUUGAAUACAUUUCCAAACAACCCAUUCAUGCUUGAGGGGAAAAGGCCACACUCAAACAUCCUUAAUUGUGUAUGGAAGUACAAAGACAAAUGUUGCUGCAUUUACAUCUACCAACUGACUUCAGAAGAUCACCAUGUCCUCACGUUUCUUAGUGCUGUGUUUGCAUCUAAUGGUAUAAAACAUAUCAUUGUUCUGUCUGAUAAUGCCAACUGGUCAGAAACAUGGGUCAAAGCACUAUAGUACAGUAAAGCACUGGAUUAGAAAGUGGAUUAGAAACCAUUGAGUUACUGGUAACACAAACCGGAGGCUCCAUUAGUGUGAACUUCCAAUCCAAGGAAAGGAACAUAACAGGAAUGUAAUUUUGGGGGAAUGGCACCAAGAUGUCUUAUUAACUGCAGCUGUUUUAACAAUUGGAUUGUGAAUGAAAAGAGAACAUUUUUUCACAGGCAUAUCACUGCACACACAUGAAUGAAUGAAAUGAUUGUACAAGUAUGCUGAUGGAAGAAAUAUGUUUGGGAGUUUCUUAUAAAGGUCUCAAACUUUUGGUUAUAAUUAUUGCACCCAAAUAAGGUCAACAUAAAUAAUUAUUUACCUAUUUCUACAAUAUAAAACUUACUUAAAAUCUCACAGAAAAGGGGUAGUUGACAUAAAAUACUUUGACAUGUCCUGUGCUGUUACACUAUUUGAAACUAUAUCAAACGUAUUUUGCUUUUAUAAUGAUUAUUCAUGCUGCCUUUUUGAACUCAUAGAGACUACCAUUUUACUCUGACCAUUUUAAAUGUACUAGUCAAAAAGGUCAUUAAAAAUGUUGGGAAAUACCUGAUGACCAGUUACCAGACCUAAGAUAUUUUCUCUUAUACAUUCAUAAUGUAUAUUCAUAAUUGAGUUCCUGUUCAAAAAUGACCAGCCCACUAUUGUUGUUACCAAAUGUCAUAUUUCAUAUCUUAUCCCAAGAUAGUGCUUUAGAUCUUUUUGACAACUUAAUUCUUUUUUUUUUUUUUUUUUUUACAUAUUUUUUAAAAUAUAUUUGUAUUCACUGAACGGAGACUGUACCGGGCUAGUGGUGGGCACUCCCCUCAGAAAACAAUAAUUAAGUAAUA